GUAAAGCAUUUUGUUCGAGGUCAAGUACAUUUAUUUCCUGGUUUGUGAGAAAGUUUAUCCAAAUGUCAUGCCACUUUAAUCAGAUAAGGAACUGGAUAUUACUGAAAAUAUAAAUCCCGGAAAAACUUUGAGAGAACAUACAAGGUCUAGCUUUUAAUUACAUUUUAGACUAUUUGAAUUGAUGGUAAAUUGACACUGUCCCAUGUGUGUUCAUCUGUGUGUUGCACUUGAGCGUAUGCGAGUCCUUUAAACCCGUCCCUUUAGUGCCUGCCUCUCUCAUGCAGAGUUAAGAGGGGGGAGGGAUAUAUUAUACUCCGGCUUUAUGAAUAGGCCUGAGUUUUUUCUCACACUAAAAGAUCGUGUCUCUGCUGCGAGUGGGAACAGUCUUCAACAAUAGCUCAUUGUACACACCAGCAACUACUUUUUCAGUAGCUGCUCUUGCCUAAUCAGGUUGUGCACUCUGAAAAUCUGUCCCUCUCCACACUCACUGAAGCACUCUAAAUAUCUAAAUGUAAUAACUUGGAUCUUUCCUCUUCACUUGUUUUCUAGUUUACGUGCCUCUUUCAAUCAUCCUAAAGAAAGUUUGCUUCAAACAAAAUCACAUGGCUGUGUCCGUGUGUAAAUGAUUGCUCCUCCCUGAAAUGUAGGCCAAAGUCAAAGUGACAGACUGAGGUCAGUUUCCCAUUCAGUUUCAUUACACUGCAAAUACAGUGGCCUUUGGACUGGUGUUGAAAGUUAGAAUAUAAAAGUCUGAGGUGGUUGUAUACACAAACGGGUGAGUUGCAUUAUCAGUUUUCUCACUACAGACUGCAUUAAUGACUUGGGGAACAGUGAAACCCACAGGAAAUGGCUGAAACAAAAGAAAACAGGAUAUAAGGAAGGAUGGAGGAUUGUUCAUGGCAGUGAAAAAAACCCAACUGGUGCCAAAGUCUGAAGGCAGACAGUGAAGUUAGUCUUCAUCUUCCAUGAAAUAAAAUCUGCUGGCAGACUGUUUUCCUGCAAACAGAGGUACUAGCCAAUUGAAAGAAUGGGAGGGGCUGUCAGGCUAAUCCUCCACUCAUGUGACUCCACUGAAUCAUUAACCCAAGGAGGCCCCUCCUUCAGAGAGCCUAACCCCCCCUCCUCCUUCCCUCGAUUUGCUGAGAUCGCUGUGGGGAGGAUACGAUUUGGUUACACUGAGCGCUGGGAGGUGCUUGGGCCAGGCAGACCUGCUGAGGCAGUGGAGAGUAGACAGAGAAAACAAGUGGGAGAGUUACAGACAAUAUGCCUGUCAGGUGGAGUCUCCCACUGUGCUUUGUUAUGGAAUGCAGGACUUUGGGAAGAGGAAAUAAGCUACAUUGAACAAGAAACUGUGUCAGCACCGGGAAGGCUGAUUUAAAAACAGCAAGAGCCAUGAAGAGCCCGGUGAUUUAUGGCAACCCGGUCAUGUUUGGUCCAGUGGAUUGGAACCAUGUAGCUGGUCCCCCAGUAAGGAGAGGGAAGAGUGUGGAGGAGCUUGGUGAUGCUGGCUGGGCCAGAGAGAGGGAGAGGAUGGCCCAUCUACAACAGCUACACCAACUGCAGCUUCAGCAGCAACAGGUUGCAUAUCAUCGGUAUGGAGUACUUCCUCCUGGACAGCCACAGGGACCAGUCAUGGCUGCGAGUCCUGGUGACCCAAUUCCGGCUCCAGGCUGCCCUGUGCCAGUACCUGGAGGCAUGAUGGUGCCGGUAGCAGGAAUGAUGCCUCCUCCUCCGCAUGUGCCAGCUCCAUGGCCAGUACAAUGGGAGAAUCAAGCCCAAAUUAGACAGGGCAAUGUCUGCCAGCAACCCAACUGGGAGUAUGACGACCAGCACAAGGCAGCUUUCAAUGAGAAGAGGCAUCAAGGCCAGGAUGUUUACUUCCACCCAGGUUCAGAGGAUGGUCACCUAAAUGUGAGGAUGUCUGAAUGGAAAGGCAAGCAUUGUUUUUACCAGGGUCCUGAGGAUUACAGCCACCAGGACUACAGCAGAGUGCCACAAGAAAAAGACUAUAAUGACUUCAGAACUCGAGAAGAAUGUGGUAAAUUUGAGGAGGACAGAAGGAGAAGGGAUGAUCUGAUUAGAGAAAAUGACCGUACCUCUGAACGCUAUGACCACAGAAGUCACAGAAACUCGGAGGAGUAUGAUCAUAAGGACAAAUACAGGCAACGGGAUCAUUAUGACAGGAAAUACAAUGAACGCUAUGAGAGCAGAGAGCAGCAAUAUUAUGACAGCAGGAGACACCGUAAACCUGAUCUCAGAGAACAUGGUAGUUAUAACAGUGAGUAUGAAGACUACUAUGAUUCUGAAGACACUUAUGCUCGCAGAGACAAUUACAGGGACAGUGAUCACUACUAUGACCAGGAUAGGGACUAUUAUGACUCUAAAGACCAUCGUUAUCGAAAAGAAAAGGAAUACUACCAUGAUAGAGAGGAGGACCGCUACUAUGAUGAACGAAAACGCAAGGGCCGUUACUAUGAUCGGCAUGCAGAGGAUCGAUAUGACCGCGGAGAAAAUAACUACAAAGACAGGGAUGCAUAUAAUCGAAGGGGUGAGGAUUGUUCUGCCAGUAAAGGAAGGGACCUCUAUGACUCUGAACUGGAGAAACACCGUGAUUAUAGGGAUAGGGACCAUUUCAACAGGUACAAGGACAAAGGUGGCUACAAGACAGAUGAGGACUACGACCUCAGAAGAAGGGACCACUACAAAGCAUACAAAGCAAUGGAGCAUUAUGAGCAGAGGACUGUGGACCACUAUGACAAUGGGAAUCAAGACCACCGCCAAUCUAGAGAAGGGGAACGUUCGCACGACAAUUCCCGAGACAGAUAUCGAGAUUUACGCUCCAUAUCCAUGGAUUCAUCAUAUGAGGGAUACCCUAAAAAAGAUCGCAAGACGCACUGCGAGGAAUGGGUUGAGCAGCAGAACCACAAGUUGGCCCUCAGGGGAAUGCACUCUUAUGAGGAUCCCAUCAUAUAUCGACACAGUGACGAACAGGAAAAAGGAUAUGAGUCGAGUGCUGGGAGCGUUGGUUCAAAACGCGGUCGCAAGCCUGUUUAUGUGGGCUCGCUAGAUCGUAACAGCUUCUACAGGAAGACGGCUCCAAGCUCUCUGCGAAAGUCCCAGUAUGCCACUACCAGGAAGCAAAACCAAGAGAUGACACUCUUAUCGUCCCAACCCAAAGCCCUGGACUCCACCCCGACCUCGGACUUGCCCCCCACGGCCGGCACAGGCACAGAGGAUCCCGAGCUGAGGAUGCUGGAGAAGAGGUCAAAGGUCAUCGAGGAGCUGCUGCAGACAGAGAAAGACUACAUCAAGGACCUGCAGAUGUGUGUCGAGGAGAUUGUUGAGCCGCUGCAGAAGAAGCAGGUGAAGAAUGUGGACUUUGAUGGGCUCUUUGGCAACAUCAACACUGUGAUUGACCUGUCACAGCGUCUGUUUGAUAGCCUACAGGACACAGAUUCUAUUGGAAAGGUAUUUCUGGACUUCAAAGCCGAGCUGGAGGAGGUGUACAAAAUCUACUGCCAGAAUCACGAUGAUGCCAUCUCUCUGCUGGAGAACUACGAGAAAGACGAAAACAUCCAGCGUCAUGUGAUGGAGUGUCUGGAGAGACUGAGGGCCAUAUACCGCGAGUGGGGGAAAACAAAUUACAUCAACCUCGGUUCUUUCUUAAUCAAGCCGGUGCAAAGGGUGAUGCGUUACCCUCUGCUGCUGAUGGAGCUGCUGGGCGCCACGCCAGAGAGCCACCACGACCGGCCUCAGCUGACUCAGGCUCUGCAGUCCGUCAAAGAGAUCAACGUAAACAUCAACGAGUACAAGCGCAGGAAAGACUUAGUGGUGAAGUACAGGAAAGGCGACGAGGACACGUUCAUUGACAAGAUCUCCAAGCUGAGCAUGCACUCAAUCAUCAAAAAAUCCAACCGAGUCAGCAGCCACCUCAAGCACCUCACGGGAAUUUCACCACAGAUUAAAGAUGAAGCGUUUGAUGAGGCUGAGAAAAAGUUCAGGCUGCAGGAGAGACUCAUCAAGUCUUUUAUCAGGGAUAUUUCCUUGUACCUGCAACAUAUAAGGGAAUCAGCAUCUGUGAAGGUCUUGGCAGCCAUCAGUUUCUGUGACGUCUACACCGAGCACAGUGUCCUCGACCCCGAGCGCUUCCAGAGAGCUCACCGCUGCAUCAGUGACAAACAGUUCACGCAGUUUAAGGAACGCACAGAGGCCUUAGUCAUCAACCCGCUCACCCAGCUCCUAAUCAUGUUUGCUGGGCCACACAAACUCAUCCAAAAGCGCUUUGACAAGCUGCUGGACUACGACAACUGCAAGGAGCGUGCCGACCGCCUCAAGGAUCGCCGUGUCCAGGACGAACUGCAGGUGGCACGCAACAACUAUGAGGCGCUCAAUGCCCAACUUCUGGACGAGCUCCCCAAGUUCCACAGUGCAGCAGAGGAGCUGUUUACUGGCUGUGUGAGGGCUUUUGCUCAAGCUCAGAAGGACUUCAUGAAGACGACACUGGGAGAGCUGAAGCCUCUCCUACAGGUUUUUUCUAACAAAGUUGGUACAGAGGGCAACCUGAUUGCAAAGUUUCAGGAAGAGUACGGGCGAGUUCUCCAACUUCUGCACGGUUUUAGCUUCUGCCCGGACAACCAGCCUCCAGCCCCCCCUGCGAAAAAGCCCUUCGAGAAGAAGACCCUGGAGAAGCAGACCUCUAAAAAGCAACUGCAGACAGCUCCCAAUUGCAUCACACAGACAGAUGAGCACCGUGCAGGACUUCUGGUACGUUAUGGUCCUGAGAAACUUUUCCAGGCGGAGAGAAACUUCAAUGCAGCCCAGGAUCUGGACGUCUCAAUACAAGAGGGAGACCUUGUGGGGGUAAUCAAGCAGCAGGACCCGAUGGGUAGUAACAACCGCUGGCUAAUUGAUAAUGGAGUCGCCAAGGGUUUUGUGUACAGCUCCUUCCUCAAACCCUACAACCCACGCAGAAGUCAGUCGGACGUGUCCAUCGAGAGCCAGUCGUCCAAUGAGUCAGGCUACGGAGGCUCCUCGCCUGUUUUCUCCCGGCAGAACAGCAACAGUACGCUGACCUUUAACCAGGAAACGGCCGCUGUCAGUUUUUCCACAUCGCAGCCCCCAAGUCUUUCAUCCCCACACCCUUCGCUGGACUCCGCCUCAUCCCGUAGGAGUUACAACAGAGAUGUAUGCAACCCUGACUCUGUCAGUCAGAGCAACUCCAUAAACUCCUCACCACGAAAUCCUUCAAACCGCAGGGAAUUCUUGGAACAAACACACCGAAAUCCCACCAGUCACAGAGACGCAGAGCCUUCUUACCGGCAUUCAGGCAGUUACAGAGACACGUAUGGUACAAGUCACGCAAGUACGCGCAGCCAGAAGGAUACGCCAGACCUCUCUGAGUCUUAUUCUUCGCACAAAAACAAUCGCUCACAGCGGUAUGAACACACAGACAAAACCUACAGUUCCUACCAGUGGAGAAAUGGAGACAACGGUGGCCAGAAGAGGUCUGCAUACUCCAGAGAUGAGUACAUUGAGCCAGAACCAGAAGCGGAACAGGAGGAUGAAUUAGAUGGUCAUCAGAUUUACUACGCUCUGUAUUCCUUCGAUGCCCGUUGCGCCAAUGAACUGAGCAUCUCAGCCAAUCAGCAGCUGCGAAUACUGGAGUUCCAAGACAUGAACGGCAACAGUGACUGGUGGCUGGGGGAGGCAGAAGGCCGACGAGGCUAUGUGCCUUCCAACUACAUCCGCAAAUCAGAAUAUACAUGAACAUGAAGUUCGUGUGGAUGACACCUGAGAUUGUACUUUGACCUGAGGAGGGCUCACUCUGCGAGCAGACAGAGCAAAAUGACAAACAAGCAUCUGCACACGCUGUGACUUAUUUUUGAUCUGUUGUCUUGGAGUUUCAUAGUGAGAAGGACUGACUAUUGCUGCUGACUCUGCUCUUAAAAGUCAGCAUUAUAUGCCUAUAUUUAUAGACUUUUUAUAUAAUUUUUACUUUACUGGAAACUGCACCCUCUGGUUUCCAGUGACAAACCUGUGAAUUGCACCAGAUUUUUGCCAUGUUCUCUGGGGCUGAAGACAAUGAAUUGUAUGUGGAAGAGUCUUAAAGGUUAGCACAUUGGGAGAUUGCAAUGGAAAUGUGAAUAUUUUGAGAAAACAUCAAGUGGUAUGCAGACAGAUUAACUUAAAACACUGUUGAUGACUUUUUUUUCUGCAUGUGGUUUAUUAUACCACUAGAACAAUGCAUGAAUAUUAGAUCAGCUUGCGCAGUACUCUUCAUCAAUCGAGGACUAAGGCACUUAUGAUGGUUUUCCACUGGUUGCUAGUUUUGAAGUGUCUGUGGAGCCAUCAAGAAGAAUUUGGAGUGUUGUAUGAAAUGAAUAUGGACUGUUGGUUUACAAGCACUCCCCUUGUCAGUAACCUCAAUCAGUUUUUUUUCUUUUUAACUGGGUUGACACUGUUUAAACAGGAGAUGAUCCAGAUUAUCAGUCAGAGGAGGUAAAGAAGAGGGAGAAAGAGAGAGAGGUAGUGGUUUCAUCUGAUUUCUCCACAUACUCCCCAUGUACAUUAUAUAUACUGGUGUAUAUUGAGAAUAUGCUAUUGCUCCCACUGUAAAGCAAUCACUGUUUGAAUAAAAAAAAAAACAGCUCAGCUGACAAAUCAUAAA